CGACACUCCACCAGCCCAUCCAUCCAAACGCCAGCAUUCAGCAACAUGUCGACUGCACCACCGGCUGCACGGAGUGAGCUGGAGCAGCUCGAGUACCUUUCGCUGGUCUCGCGUGUGUGCACCGAGCUCGAAGCGCACUUGGGUCCCGAGAUGGGCGACCGCACCGUCGCCGAGUUCAUCAUCUCGCUUGCCGAGCAGCAGCACUUGUCAUCGGCAUCGGCGUCAGUGUCGGCUGCGGCGGCUGCAGAGACCUUCCGAUCCAUGCUCAACGACAAUGGCGCCGAGUGCACUGCUGCGUUUGCAGGCAAAUUGUACAAGCUCAUCCAGAACAUGCAUCCGUCAAUCAAGAACGCGGCGCACGGGGCUGCUGCUGCUGCUGCUGCUUCCACUUCAACGGCUCGGGCCGCCUCCUCAUCAUCCACGAUGAUGGACACGUCGUCGUCGUCCUCGGGCGAACCAUCCGACGAAGCUGCACGUCGCGAAGAGCUGGAGCGACGUCGUGAGCUCUUCCCAGGUCUGGCCAUCCGGGAUGCCAAGCGGCCAGACGUGGCUGCGCUCGAUGCGCAAAUUGCUGCCAGCGCCAUGGACGAGCUCGAUUCCCUGCUGCAAACUUCCAAGACCCUGCCACGGUUGCUGCUCCCUCUUCUUCUCGUUCUCGCGACGCGGCGGAUGACUCUCGUGAACGUGGACGCGAUUCUCGCUCGGACUCUCGUCGUCGCUCCCCAGAAGGACGCAAAUCGCGGUUUGAUGACGACUGGGACGACAAGCGGGACGAUCGUCGUGACCGCGACCGACGAGAUGACCGGGACGAUCGUCGUGACCGCGACCGACGAGAUGACCGCGACCGACGAGAUGACCGCGACAGACGUGACGAUCGAGACAGACGCGAUGACCGCGACAGACGCGACGACCGACGAGACCACCGCCGCUCCCCGUCGCCCCACCGAAACAGCAGCUCGGCAUCCAACGAUGCACACAUUCACCCGUCGCGCCCCCGAGGUGGGUCGCAUCUACGACGCGAGCGUUACUUCCAUCAAGGAGUUUGGCUUUUUCGCGCAACUCGAUGGCUUCCGACGGAAGGUGGAGGGCUUGGUGCACAUUUCUGAAAUCCGACGCGAAGGCAAAGUCACCAAUCCAGCUGACGUCGUGUCGCGUGGGCAACAAAUCAAGGUCAAGCUCAAGUCGAUCGCCGGCCAAAAAAUGUCCCUGUCGAUGAAGGAUGUCGAUCAAACCACAGGCGAGGAUCUCAACCCCACUCGCUCGUUCGAUAAGCCUGUUCUGACUGGUGCGAAUGCCAGCAUGAUGAUGGACAUGGCUCACAACCCCGAACGACCUGGCGGCGCCUUUUCGGAAGCUGCUGCCGCCGGUGCAGCGGCAGCGCGGGGCAUGCUGAACGCAUCGGGUGUGCCAUUGUCUGGUGAUAGCGAUCCGUACGGAGGCACCAAGCGCCAGCGAGCCAAGAAGCUGUCCACGCCCGAGCGCUGGGAAAUUGAAAAGCUGAUUUCCGCGGGCGUCAUGGACCGCACCGAGCAUCCCGAGUACGACGAAGAGCUCGGCGUGAUGCGAGACGCGGACGAGUUGGACGACGUGGAGGACUUGGAGGUCGAGAUUGUGGAAGAGGAGCCGCUCUUCCUGCGCGGCCAGACCAAGUUUGCACAGGCUGCCAGUCCCGUCAAAAUUGUGAAAAACCCCGACGGCUCGCUGCAGCGCGCGGCCAUGACUCAGACGGCCUUGUCCAAGGAGCGCAAAGAAGUGCGCGAUGCACAGCGUGCGGCGGAGACCGAUGUCGCUCCCGCCCAGCUCACCAAAGGUUGGAUUGACCCCAUGGCGCGCGACGACGAGCGCUCGUUGGCGCAGGGCGUCCGCGGCAUGAACGCGGCUGCUAGCGCCCCUCAGGAGAUGCCCGAGUGGAAGAAGGUGUCCAUGGGCAAAGGCGCUACUUACGGCAAGGUGACUUCGCUCAGCAUUGUCGAGCAGCGAAAAACGCUCCCAAUCUACAAGCUCCGCUCGCAGCUGCUGCAAGCCGUCGAGGAAAACCAAAUUCUCAUCGUUAUCGGUGAAACUGGCUCUGGCAAGACGACCCAGAUCACCCAGUACCUGGCCGAAGCUGGUCUCACUGCUCGUGGACGUAUCGGAUGCACGCAGCCACGUCGUGUUGCCGCCAUGUCGGUGGCCAAGCGCGUCUCGGAGGAGUUUGGCUGUCGUCUGGGCGCCGAAGUGGGCUACACGAUUCGCUUUGAGGAUUGCACGUCACAGGAGACCCAAAUCAAGUACAUGACAGACGGCAUGCUCUUGCGCGAGUGCCUGAUUGAUGGCGACUUGAAAUCCUACUCUGUCAUCAUGCUCGACGAAGCCCACGAGCGCACCAUCCACACCGAUGUCAUGUUUGGUCUGCUGAAGAGCUGCGCCCAGCGCCGUCCCGACCUCAAGCUGAUUGUGACCUCGGCCACGUUGGACGCGGAAAAGUUUUCGUCCUACUUUUUCGGCUGCCCGAUCUUCACCAUCCCCGGUCGUACCUUCCCCGUGGAAGUGCUGUACUCGCGCGAGCCCGAGAACGACUACUUGGACGCGUCUUUGAUGACCGUCAUGCAAAUCCAUCUGACCGAGCCCCCAGGCGACAUUCUCGUGUUUUUGACGGGUCAAGAGGAAAUUGACACGUCCUGCGAAAUCUUGUACGAGCGCAUGAAGUCGCUCGGGCCGGACGUGCCAGAGCUGAUCAUCCUUCCCGUGUACUCUUCGCUGCCCAGCGAGAUGCAGACGAAAAUCUUCGACCCGGCUCCGCCCGGCGGCCGCAAGGUCAUUAUUGCAACCAACAUUGCAGAAACGUCGCUCACCAUCGACGGCAUCUACUAUGUCGUCGAUCCGGGCUUUGUCAAGCAGAACGUGUACAAUCCCAAGACCGGCAUGGACGCGCUUGUCGUCACGCCCAUCUCUCAAGCUCAGGCCCGCCAGCGCGCAGGCCGCGCGGGUCGAACAGGCCCUGGCAAGUGCUAUCGCUUGUACACCGAGCGUGCCUACCGCGACGAAAUGCUGCAGACCAACGUCCCCGAAAUCCAACGGACCAACAUGGCCAGCACGGUGCUGUCGCUGAAGGCGAUGGGUAUCAACGAUCUCAUCACGUUUGACUUUAUGGAUCCCCCACCGCCGCAGACGCUCAUCAGUGCCAUGGAAAACCUCUUCUCGUUGGGCGCCCUGGACGACGAAGGCCUGCUGACACGCCUCGGCCGGAAAAUGGCCGAGUUCCCUCUCGAGCCGCCGUUGGCCAAGAUGCUCAUCCAGUCGGUCGAGUUUGGCUGUUCGGACGAACUGCUCACGGUUGUCGCCAUGCUCUCGGUGCAGAAUGUCUUUUUCCGACCCAAAGACAGGCAGGCGAUUGCAGACCAAAAGAAGGCCAAGUUUCACCAGGCGGAGGGCGAUCACUGCACGCUGCUUGCGGUGUACAAUGGCUGGAAGGCCAACAAGUUUAGCCAGCCGUGGUGCUUUGAGAACUUUUUGCAAGCUCGAACCUUGCGCCGAGCUGCCGAUGUGCGCAAGCAGAUGCUUGGUAUCAUGGACCGGUACCAGUUGGACAUUGUCUCUGCUGGCAAAAACUUCAACAAGGUGCGCCGCGCCAUCUGCUCUGGCUUUUUCAAGAACGCCGCCAAGAAAGACCCCACGGAAGGGUACAAGACCAUGGUCGACAACCAGGUUGUGUACAUCCAUCCCUCGAGCGCACUCUUCAACCACCAGCCCCAGUGGGUGAUUUACCACGAGCUCGUGCUCACCACCAAAGAGUACAUGCGAGAGUGCACCGCCAUCGAGCCAAAGUGGCUUGUUGAGCUCGCUCCCGCCUUCUUCAAGGUCGCCGACCCCGCGUAUCUGUCCAAGCGCAAGCGCAUGGAGCGCAUCGAGCCAAUGUACAACAAGUACGAGGAGCCAAACGCCUGGCGUAUUUCCAAGCAACGUCGCAAGAAAUGA